UUCAACAUGGCAGGUAGCAAGGUGGUGCUAGAAGGGAGGAUAAGUAUUAUAAGCUUUAUCUCAGGGCUGGGCGUCAUUAUUAUUCCCUUACUUGUAAAAUUUGGCUCUCACAUUGACUGGAUAUUCGAUUACCUUACCGAUGUGAACGGGAAAAUAGCCAUUGCUGUGUAUAUCACAGUUAUCAAUGGCUUCCUGCUAAUCAUAUACAAGGGACCUUUAUACAAGGUGGCUGUUCGAGCCUGCUUUCUUGGAUUUGCCUUUGGCUGUGGCCUCAUUUUAAGUUUGGCAGAAACAACAUGGACAAACUUUGGCUGGUAUAUGUGUUCACUGUCAUUUUUUCACUACUCGGAGUACCUGGUUACUGCCAUCAUCAACCCACGCAGUCUGUCAUUAGACUCCUUCCUGCUCAACCACAGUGUUGAGUACACGGUAGCAGCUGUUUCUUCCUGGGUGGAGUUCACUGUGGAAAUGCUCAUUGUUCCAGAGCUAAAGCAGAUUAACUGGCUCUGUGUGUUGGGACUGUUGAUGGUGCUGUGUGGGGAGAGCCUGCGCAAAGCUGCCAUGUUGACAGCAGGUUCCAACUUCAACCACAUAGUCCAGAAUGAGAAGGCUCAGAGCCACGUGCUGGUCACCAGUGGAGUUUACGCUCUCUUCCGACAUCCUUCCUAUGUGGGCUGGUUUUACUGGAGCAUUGGCACUCAGAUAAUACUGUGCAACCCGAUAUGUAUAUUUGGAUAUACGGUUGCCAGCUGGCGGUUCUUCCGAGAGCGGAUUGAGGAAGAGGAGAUCUCACUCAUCCAUUUCUUUGGAGAGGACUACAUUGAAUACAAAAAGAAGGUCUUCACUGGUUUGCCCUUCAUCUCAGGGAUCAGGGUUAACUCAUAAGGCUGUGCUGCAUUAAAGGGAGGAAAUAGCCUGAAAGUGCACACCUGGACACCUCUGACUGGCACUGUGAGCGAGCUAGUUGCCUGGUGGCAUCAUAGCGCGCCCCCUGGGGGCAGCACAGAUUCAUGAGGUGGCAGCACAGUAAAACUGACCCGCUGAUCUGCUCUGAGACACAUUGGUCAUCUCUGAGCAGGGUGGAGCUUCUACCCUUAACACCGUCAGAGAUACACCCACACACAAACACCACAUUUCUCCAUAUCUGUCUUUUCACCUACAUUCCAUAAUGCUUCUGUUUUCUUACUGCUUCUGUGCUAGUAAUGUCUACAUACAAUUCAUAUGUCAUGUAUCCUCGUAUUUACAAUACUGCUGUUUUGGCAUUAGUCUCAUGAAACCUUUGUCACAUACUCUUCGCACAUCACACAUGUAAUAUCAUACGCUGUUUCAUUUUUGCCAUCUUUAAGUCUCCUGGUUUUAUGGUUAGACACCUUUGAAAUGAGUUCCAGGAUAGCACUUCAUUACUACUCAUUUACAUACAAAGUUUUUUAAUUUGAUUUUUAAAUACCUUAUGGUAAAGCGUUUUUAUUUAGAAAAAAGGGAUAGCUCACCCGCAAAUUCAAAUUCUGUUGUCAUAUACACACUAUUGUGUUGUUCCAAACCUGUAUGACUUUAUUUCUUCAAUUGAAAACAAAAGAUGAUUGGCAGAAUGUCAAGGACUUACAGCCUCAGUCCCCAUUUACUUUUAUGAAAGUGAAUGGCGACUCAGGCUUUCAUACCUCCUUUUGUGUUCUACAAAAGAAAGUCAUACAAGUUUGGAACAACAAGAGGCUAGUACAUGAUGAGAAGUUUAAUUUUUGGGCGAACCGUCCCUUUAAUUUGGACUUGAUAGUUACUGAAAUUACAUUCUAGAGAUUGUCCUUUUGUGUAAAAAUGAGUUUAUCAUGUGACUUUUUAUUCGCUAAAGCCCUAAUGCUGCCAGUUAUAAUAGGCCUACAAAAUGUAAAUGCUGAUUUAUGACAAUCUCUAAAUAUCUGUGAUUUCUUAAUGUUGUUGGACAAUUUUAAUAUUAUGAUUAGAAAAAUAAAUAUUUCUGAUAAAUUACA